AUGGAGGCAGUCGAGAGUGUAUUGAAUGAGAAAAAUUCUUUAGAGCCAACACAUUACAAACCGGGAUCCCCAGACGUUAGUUCACCAAACCAUCAAGAUGAUAGGAUACCAUCAGAGGACAUAGAAGGUGGGAAUAUCGAGCAGGCGGCUAAACCGGCUGAACAAGAUAGCAAUGAACAUAUAAUUGAUGAAAAAUCACAGAAAAAUGUGGAUUACCUUGUAGAAAACGGGGAACUGAAAUUAGAAUUACCUGAUACUCUGGAACACGAAGAUUUUUCAAAACUGUUAGAGUUCGAUGAGAAGAAUGAUGAUGAUUUAUUCGCAACACACGAGAUUUUGCAGCACGCAAUCCAGGAAGCAAAUUCUGAAAGUCAUGAUAUUGAGCACCUAAAUUCAGAUUUAAGCCGUCAAAUGAGUCUAAACGAUGAGGAUGACGAUGAUGAAAAUAAUGAUGAGAAUCCAGACAGUUCAAAAUUGGGCGUUCAUGAGGAAAUAAGUCGACCCAAAUUGAACGAUUAUAAAAGCCAUACAGAAGGUCAUAAUGAUCAUGAGAUGCACGUUAAGGAGGAGACUCUAUCGCCUAAAAGGACUCUAACCGAUAUCGACCAUCAGAAAAAUCUCUCAGCACACGACGUUCUUACAAAUGGAGAUGCGGCCAAGAAUAACGAUGAUGAAGACCAGUUCAACUUGAAGACGGAACCAGAGCCUACAGCUGCUCACAUAUUAGAAAGUGGUCGUUUUUCGCAGCCGAAACGUCAUGACUCGCUAACGCCCGUGAUGUUUCAACAACAUGAGUUAAUGUCCACUGCAAUACAGGAUAGUAACCGUCAAGUACCUAAAGAAGGUUCAAAACAGGAAAGCUUGUCACUCGCGGACGAACAACCUACGAUUUCUGCUUAUGCGAGAUUGGACUUUCAAAGUUUUACCUUUUACGUGCAGACAUUACAUGUUAUAAUAGGAAGGCGAUCAGAAAACGAUUUUUCGCAUAAGGUGGAUGUAAAUCUGGGACCAUCAAAAUCGAUUUCCAGGCGACAUGCUCAAAUCUUCUACAAUUUUGGAACCGGUAGAUUUGAAGUAUCAAUAAUAGGAAAGAACGGAGCAUUUGUCGACGACAUAUUCGUCGAGCGAGGAAACACAGUACCACUCCGAAACAAGACUAAGGUUCAGAUAGGGCAAGUUCCAUUUCAAUUCGUAUUACCGGAGCAAGAAAAUGCUGAACAGCCUCAAAAGAGUCCCGAAAUACCCGAACCUAGCGAGGAUCAAGAGCCGGUCUCUCCAGUCAAAUCGGAAGAACAAUCCGCAAGACCAUCUGUACCGCCAGUCGAGAAGAAGCAACCUAAAAAACCUGCUCCAAAGAAGGAGAAAAAACCUACCAAGGUCCCGAAAAAGGUUUACACUUUAGAUGAAAUUCCCGAGGAGUACAGAACAAAACCCACCUGCUCAUACUCUGCCCUACUCACAACAUGCAUACGAAAAUACUCAAGCCCAAAAGGGAUGUCAUUAUCAGAGAUAUAUGCCGGGAUCAGGGAACUUUUCCCAUACUAUAAAUAUUGCCCAGAUGGCUGGCAAAGUUCGGUGCGUCAUAACCUCUCGCUGAAUAAAUCCUUUCGAAAAGUUUCCAAGGAAGGAAAAGGAUGGCUUUGGGGGCUUGAUGAAGGCUAUAUCGCUGAGAGAGAGCGUUUAAAGAAGAAGCAGGCAGAGGUCGCUGCUGCAAAGGCUGCUGCUGCGCAGCAAAAGCUCGAGCAACAGCAACAACAAAGGGCCAAGAAAGCUACCACACCAGGCAGCAAUGAUAUCGUUCAUAGGACUGACACAAUACCCAGAUCUAAUGACGGUAAACAGCAGAGCAUUUCACAGACAUUAGCGGCCAAUAGAGCCGCAGAUAAGAAGCCCAGUGCGGAUGAUUAUCAGAGAACCAUGAAGUAUCUGCAAGAGCAACUAAUGAUUUUGACCAAAGACAGGAAGGGUCUCUCGAAGCAAGUCUUCGCCAGUAUUUUAACUCAAGCUUUGGCAAUGACUAUCAAUCAAGUAUCACAAGCAGCUAAGAGUAAAGGGAUAACAGGUAAUCCACUCACUGCGCUGAUGAACAAGAACCCACAGCAUCUAAAUCUAAUUCUGGCGGCUGCCGUCAACGCUGCAACUUCUAAAGUAACAAAUGGUAAAGUGAAACAAUUGGUUGAUAUGUCAUUAAUUACAAAGCAAGCAAUAAAACCGCCUCCUACUCUGCCAGUCAAGAGGCCUACUCCAAGUUACAACGGCUCUGGGAACGCGAAUCUAUCACACGCAAGACCUCCCGAAGGAUCUUUCGACCCAACUUCACUUUCACGAUUCUUUCAGCCGCGACAACCUAGGGUGGCUACGCCACCAACACCUAGUAUACCUAGGAAAAGAUCACUUGACAAGGAUGAUGAAUCAAGUGGGUCUGAAGAGACCUCUAGCAGUGAAGAUGAUGAUGAUGAAGAUGAUGACGAUAGUGAUGAUGAUCAAGAUUCCGAUGACACAGAUGACGACGAGAACGAUGAGGUGGGGGAUCACAAGGACAAUGAAGAACAAAGCGAAGAGACAGCUGCUGAGGGGGUUUACGAAUAG